AUGGUGCUUUCAGAUCCUUUCAAAGAGAAAUGUCCCAAGCAUCUGGGCAGGAUAAACAUUGUUGCUGUCAGCCUCACAGGAUUGUUUCUACUUCAGGCAGUAACAUGGGCAUCAGGUGCUCGCCCCUGCAUCCCUAAAAGCUUUGGCUACAGCUCAGUGGUCUGCGUCUGCAAUGCCACCUACUGUGAUUCUCUUGACCCCCUGGCACUUCCUGCCUCUGGUACCUUCAGCCUCUAUGAGAGCACACGUAGUGGACGUCGAAUGGAGAUGAGUAUGGGGACCAUCCAGACCAGCCGCACAGGCAAAGGGCUCCUAUUGACUUUGGAGCCAGAACAGAAGUUCCAGAAAAUUAAGGGAUUUGGAGGGGCCAUCACAGAUGCUGCUGCUCUUAACAUCCUUGCCCUGUCACCUGCUGCACAGAAUCUGCUACUCAGAUCCUACUUCUCUGAAGAAGGAAUCGAAUACAACAUCAUCCGAGUACCAAUGGGCAGUUGUGACUUUUCUAUCCACACCAGUACUUAUGAUGACGUUGUUGAUGAUUUCCAGUUGGAUAACUUUAGUCUCUUAGAUGAAGAUGUCAAGCUCAAGAUACCCCUGAUUCACCGAGCCCUGGAAUUGACCCAACGCCCCAUCUCACUCUUUGCCAGUCCCUGGACAUCACCCACUUGGCUCAAGACCAAUGGGGCAGUGAAUGGGAAGGGAUCACUCAAGGGUCAUCCAGGGGAUAUUUACCAUCAGACCUGGGCCAAAUACUUUGUCAAGUUUCUGGAUGCCUAUGCUACGUAUAAUAUACGGUUCUGGGCUGUGACAGCUGAGAAUGAGCCUUCUGCAGGACUGUUCGCUGGCUACCCCUUCCAGUGCCUGGGCUUCACUCCUCAACAUCAGCGAGACUUCAUUGCGUAUGACCUGGGCCCCGCCCUUGCCAACAGCUCUCACAGUGACGUCCGUCUGCUCAUGCUAGAUGACCAACGCCUGCUGCUGCCCCACUGGGCUCAGGUGGUGCUGGAAAACCCAGAAGCCGCGAAAUAUGUGCACGGCAUUGCUGUGCACUGGUAUCUAGACUAUCUGGCUCCAGCAAAAGCCACCUUGGGAGAGACACACCGCCUUUUCCCCGACAUGAUGCUGUUCUCCUCAGAAGCCUGUGUGGGCUCCAAGUUUUGGGAACAGAGUGUCCGGCUAGGAUCCUGGGACCGAGGAAUGCAGUACAGCCACAGCAUCAUCACGAACCUUCUCUACCACGUUGUUGGCUGGACUGACUGGAAUAUUGCCCUGAACCUCGAAGGGGGACCCAACUGGGUGCGCAACUUUGUCGACAGCCCUAUCAUUGUGGACAUAACCAAAGACACGUUUUACAAACAGCCCAUGUUCUACCACCUUGGUCACUUCAGCAAAUUCAUUCCUGAGGGUUCCCAGAGAGUGGGCCUGGUUGCCAGCGAGAAGACCAACUUGGAGACAGUGGCACUGAUACGUCCAGACGGCUCUGCGGUUGUGGUCGUGCUAAACCGCUCCUCUAAGGAUGUGCCUCUCACCAUCAAGGAUCCUGCCAUGGGCUUCCUGGAAACAAUGGCACCUGGCUAUUCCAUCCACACCUACCUGUGGCGUCGCCAGUGAUGGAGCAGACACCUAAGCAGGCAUCUGGGUUCAGUAUGGGCAUUAAAAGGACAGAGUCAGUUCACAUGCUAUCUGUGACUAAGGAGGGCACAGCAGUGUCGAGGAGAACUUACAGUGAUGUAAGCCCACAGUGGUUUGAGUGACUCAUUUUCACCUUAAGCUGCUGCCAGGGGCUAGAGGUCCUUAGA